GCGCUCACACACGGGGGUUUGUUUUGCUGCGCGGCGGCAGCAGGUAGUUGUGCCCGGGACGUGUCAUGUAAUUGUGCUGCAUGGGCUGUGCGGGGAGUUGUGCGCGGCCGGGACACACAGCUGGGCGCACCGACAGGACCAUGCGUCUGACUGAGCCCGCUGGGGUGGAGCGCCAUGUGUUUCAGGAUAAAACGCUGAGGAAAAAGAGGCUUUGUGCUGCCUGCAGUGAGCCUGUGGUAUCUCAGGGCAGUGUUUGCAGAGUGUGCAAGAUAACGAGUCAUAAAAAAUGUGAAGGCAAGGUGAUUCCUGGCUGCUCCACACCCCCACCGGCUGAUAUGAGGAGAAGGACGGCACCGGGACCCUGCAUCCAACACAUGGGUUCCACAAAAUCUCUGAACAUCAAACAGCGAAGCUCGCUGCCAAGAAAUUUCAGCUUGGACCAUGUAAUCCAGCGCAGCUAUGACCUGGACCUGACGUACAUCACAGAGCGCAUCAUCAGUGUCUUUUUUCCAACUAAUCUAGAGGAACAGCGCUACCGUGCCAACCUGCGAGAAGUAGCGACCAUGCUGAGAUCCAAACAUGAGGAUAAAUACCUGCUUUUUAACUUAUCCAGAAAGAGACAUGAUAUUGGCAAGCUCAAUCCUAAGAUCCAAGACUUUUUCUGGCCAGACUGCCAUGCACCCCCAUUGGAUGUUAUCUGCUCCAUCUGUAAAGCCAUGGAGGCCUGGCUGGCACAAGACCCUCAACAUGUGGUUGUCCUGCAUUGCAAGGGAAACCAGGGCAAAACAGGAGUUGUCAUUGCAUCCUAUAUGCACUAUAGCAAAGUAUCCGCAAGUGCGGAUCAGGCUCUCAGCACUCUUGCCAUGAGAAAGUUUUGUGAAGAUAAGGUCUCUGUGUCUCUGCAUCCAUCCCAGCGCAGGUAUAUCAAUUAUUUUGGAGGCCUGCUGUCUGGAACCAUUAAAAUCAGCAGUGAUAUGCUAUCGCUUCAAUGUGUGCUGCUGCCGGUCAUUCCUGCCUUGCAGACAGAUGGAGGAUUCUGCCCUUUUUUAAAGAUCUACCAAUCCAUGCAGUUGGUCUACACAUCUGGAAUAUACUCAAGUCUUGGAGGUACAACACCUCAGAAGCGCCAGCUGCGCAUCAGCUUGGAACCAGCACUGCUGCUGAAAGGGGACAUCAUGGUGAAAUGCUACCACAAGCGCUGCAAGCCCCAUGAGAGGGAAGUGCUCUUCAGGGUCCAGUUUCAUACGUGCACCAUCCAUAACACACAUCUGUGCUUCAGUAAGGACCAGCUGGACUGCGCCUUCACAGAUGACAGAUUCCCAGAAGAUGCUUCAGUGGAAUUCUUGUUUUCUACUGGACAAGACAAAGCUAAAGGUCGGGAAGUAUUCUGCAAAGACCCUGAUGUUUCAGUGGAUUAUGAUAUCACUGACCCGCUAGUGCGAUAUGACUCCUAUGAAAAUAUCAAUAUGAUCUAUGAGGACAACCUGGAGGAUUUGAGCCACACUCGGGGACCACUGGAUGGCAGCCUUUAUGCACGCGUGAAGAAGAAGAUCACCCCGGUGACUUCUAGUAAUGGAAGUCCAGAGCAGCAUGGGCGUCUCCUGUCUGUCAGCAGUGACUCUGGUCAUUCUUCAGCCCCCACGGAGAGGCUGGAGGAAACUCCUCAAAAGUCUUUGCCCACAGCAACUGAAAGAGAAGAUCUGGAAAGACUUUUGGGUGGCUUUGGUGUUAAAGCAAAGCAGGAGGCAGAGCCCAAUUACUCUCAAGUGCUUAAGCAUGAAGAAGUCGCAACACAAAAUUUAAAUCAAAGACAAAAUUUGGAGGAAAGAGGCCUUGAAGUGCAGCAUAAGGCUCAUCAGGAACGUGCAAAUCAAAACAUCCAGACAAAGAUGAAUGUAAGGCCUCCCUAUUCUGCCAUGUGGCCUGUAUCUCCUGAUGGAGGAGCAUCCCAAUGUUUGCCUUUGGCUUCUUCAUCCUGGGAAGGUCAGAGAGAGGCACCUUGUGAGACACAUUGGAAUGGUCAGCGAGAGGCAGCCAUUCUGGAAGAAGAAAUGGGACAAUAUGGGGAACUGGCUAUGUACCCAGGCAGAAGGCCUUUAAUCUCAAGACACUGCUCCUGUAGGCUGGGGUACUCGGGUCCAAAUAUUGAGGGACCGCCAAACAGAUCUUACUUCAGGCCAGAAGGCAUUAUUGACUCUCGAGGGGGGACAGGGGCUGGGGUUAUUCUGCAAACUGCUCAUUAUCCAGGAAUGUAUGGAGAACAAGAAAGAAGGAGAUUGUUUCGCUCUUUAUCUGAGGGACCACAGCAUUACCCAGCUCAUGCACAUAGUCCACCAAAGAGAGGCAGUUUGAGGGAUACACGGCCAUACAUUUGCCAGCCUCCUCCACAUGAACCUCUUUUUACACCAGUAUGCCCCUGCUCUCAUUGUCAGAACUCGGCCUGCUACCCUGUAACUAACAUGCAGCCAUUUCACCGUGGGGAGCUGCCAUUGCAUAUUCCUCAGCCUUUUGGACAGAGUGUUCAAAUCAACCAUGAUUUCCCACAUCCUUUCCAAGUCCCUCAAACAAAGAUGCUGUAUGGCUAUCCACCUUCACAUGGAGAAGAACCACUGCAUUUUAACCAUUUCACAGAAGGUGGCUAUGGACAUACAUAUCCACAUUUUCUAAAUCCGUCUUACCUCCCUCCUCAUUGCCCACCUAAUGGCUAUGGUCCCCACUCAUUUCCUAAUUCCAUAUCCCCAUAUAGCCCACCAAGAGGUCAGUCUCCUCCUUCUGGCUCUAUAUCUCCUGCCAAUCUCUCUGCUCCCAGAAGAAUGAGCGGUGACACAAUCUCUGCAAGCAGUGUCAGUGAACUCACAUCUGUGGAACAACAGCAACCGGAAGAGCCCAGUGAACGUGCCAUGAAGUUAAAUGCUCCAACAUUGCAGCUGCAUAAGCACCUCGAGACAGGACCGGCUGUCAGCUCCUCUGCUAUUGUACAUGCCAACUCUACUACCCAAGGGAGCCCUCCGCACCCAAAUGCACCCAUGGUCGCUCACAUACCAAGAAGCCCCGCUAAUCCUUCAGAUAUUAACAUGCACAUCCAUAGAUCAGUGCAAGCAGAUAAUUUUGUGUAUCCACAAAAUCCUGUGCAUGCAAGUACUCCCAUAAAUACUUACUGCCAUUCUGUGCAGACAAAUAACCUUGUAAAUGUGCAGAAUCCCACCCUUCAGGGCCAUAGUGUUAUACAAACAAGUCCUACAUCCCCUACACUCAGUCCAACUCUUCCAGGCCAUAAUCAGGGGCAAACAGACUCUACAGCCCUCAGAUCAGCUCCAUCUGUACACAUACAGAAUCUAGCUCCUCAAAGCCACAGUCAGGGGCAAACGUGUUCUACUUCCCCCACACAAAGCCUGUCUGUACAUGUACAGAAUCCAGUGCUUCGAAAUCAUAGUCAGGGGCAAAUCUGUCCUACAUCUCCCUCGCACAACCCAGCCAUGAACACACAGAACGCAGCUUUUCAAAGUCAGCCUUUGGGUCAAACAAGCCCUGCAUCCCCAACACACAGUCCAUCUUCCCAAACAGGCCAUACUGCACAGUUGUCCAGUCCGUCUGUGCAGUUAAAUGGAAGUAGCCAACAUAUGAGUUUGGCUGUACAAGGGCAUGGCCAGCUGCACUCACUGGAUGAACGUGGACAAGCACAAGACAAUGUGCCCACACACAGCCUGACAUUUCCAACAAACAAUCCAGUCAACACAAAGAGUUCACCUGACCAAUCAGACAUCUCCAACCAUACACAAAACACAAGUAAAGAGGUACAUAACACUGCACUGCCCUCUGAACCACAGACGGGCAACUGUGUAGCCAGGCAGAUCACCAAUUCAUAUCCACAUUCUCCUAAUCACACCCACAUUUCAGAGGAUCAGACACCUGUGACCACAGCAUUUGCACUUACAGAAACAGAUCGGCCUCAACAAAAAAUGGUCCAAUCUCACAGUUCUGUAAGUGUAAACAAUUCAUCAGUAAAGCCAUAUAGUACGGUCCAUACCCAGAGUCAGCUGGUGCAGACAGACAAUUCUAUAGAGAGUCAAAUCCCUCCAGUACAAUUGCACCAUCCUGUGCCUAAAGCAAGUCAAGCCCAAUUACACAGCACUGUGCACACGCAGCUGUACAGAACCGUUGGUGGUCAGAGUCCAUCGGUGCCGACCCAGAAACCUGUGCCUACGCAUCCAAACAGCACUGUAGUUACUGAGAGGCCUGGGUUACCAGCAACUCAUGUGAAUGCUCCCCCCUGUGCAAAUGAAGCAAAUACAUUAUUGCCAACUUCUUCCUCCCAGUCACAUGUAACUAAGUUUGUCCUGCCAGUAACAUCAGAGGCUAAAAGGAGUCACACCACAUUUGGGCCUGCUAUCUCAUCUCCCAGUGGUACAACUGCUUUUGGGUCAGGUUACUGUUCUCAGAGUUUUUCUGUGCCGAAGCACACCGUUCUACUCCAGAAGAGAAGUGUCACUAUAUCAUUGCCAGUCAGCCCUGUAAAUCCCCAAGGAAAAGAAGCACCGACCAGCCCACCAAAAUCCCCAAUGGGAAGUCAAAGUGAUCUCCUGCCUCCUUCUCCUACUCCUUCAUUCCCUAUUAGAACUGCCUAUUAUUCCAGCAGUCCAUGCCCACCUAGUAUUCAGCCACCACGACUGCCAGAAAAAAAUCACUCUCCAGCUGACGGGGCAAAAGUGGAUCCCAAUGGACUGUCUGAGUGCAACAAAGGCCAUUCAUCACCAGUGGAUACCCAGCAAGAUGUUCCAGUUACAGGAAAUUUUGUGCAAGACUCUUCCAAGUUUUGGUAUAAACCGACCAUUUCCCGGGAGCAAGCUAUUGCCAUAUUAAGAGGUGCAGAGCCAGGCUCCUUCCUUAUUCGGGACAGUAACUCAUUCCGUGGGGCAUAUGGUUUGGCACUGAAGGUCGCCAGCCCUCCUCCAAAUGUAGCAGCGCAGCCCUAUAAAGGAGAUUCUACGGAGCAGCUGGUUCGCCAUUUCCUCAUUGAGACUGGACCAAAAGGAGUGAAGAUAAAAGGAUCACCAAUUGAACCCCAUUUUGGCAGCCUCUCCGCCCUGGUGUCUCAGCACUCAGUCACCCCACUCUCUUUGCCAUGCAGACUUCAGAUCCCUUCCCGUGAUCUGAUAGAGCAGAGCUCAGAGGUCAUGGUGCCUACAAACAUGAGCACAGCAGCAGAUUUAUUGAGACAAGGAGCAGCAUGCAGUGUGCUCUACCUUGGCUCUGUGGACACAGAAUCUCUAACUGGACCCCAGGCCAUUUCCAGAGCAUCAAAUGCCAUCCUGACACCCCCACGGUCCAGUGCAACUACGGUCCAUUUCAAAGUGUCUGACCAGGGUAUCACUCUUACUGACAGCCAGAGAAAACUGUUCUUCAGGCGUCAUUAUCCUGUUUCUAGCGUAACAUUCUGCAAUAGCGACCCACAGGAUCGCAGGUGGACCAAUCCAGACAGGACAACGUCGAAGGUGUUUGGUUUUGUGGCUCGAAAGGCGGGCACUGCAGCUGAAAACGUGUGCCACCUUUUUGCAGAACUGGACCCUGAGCAGCCAGCAUCAGCCAUUGUUAAUUUUAUCACCAAAGUCAUGCUGGGAGCACACAAAAGAUAAACAAUAACUUCUUGAAUGGGAAGGAACUCUGGGGAAGGAGCCUGAAGGUCAGAGAAAGUCAUGUGGUGGCACCUAGAUGUGAGAGCGAUUUGUGGAUAGUGUUACUCCCGUAACCCAGUUCUGCUGGAUCUUCCUAACAAGGACACGGAAUGUUGGGGGAAUUCAUACUCCCCGCUCUAUAAAGAAAAGCAGAGCAUUGUGAUGUUGUAUUGAACAUUACUGUAGAAAAUGUAAGUGCAGUUGGCAGCACCCUAGGUGCCUGCAAAGCGCAACAGAACGGCACGCGCCAAACAUUUCUCCUGGUUGUAAGAAUAUCUAUCACUUCUUUGCGUGGCUCAGGGCCCUUAUUGCCAAGAACAAUAUUACUAUGCAGUGGGAGACUGACAGCUCUAAAUUACCAGUUUGUGCCUUCAGGGGACAUGUGAGAUUGUCAGGCUUUGCCCUUAUCAUCUAGAGAGCUACACUAACAAGCAGCCAUUUUUACACACCCUUCUGUACUCAUAUGAGGUUGAAAAAUAUCGUAAAUUACUUCACACACUUCCCUGACUCGUUUACUCCAGAGUUGGGGGGACAGUACACAAUCACUGCUAAACCAAAUCUGUUUUGUUCAUUGUCUGGCAAUAUGAAGGCAGCUACAAAUACACUUAGUGCUGUUCCCACUUUCUCAUCUUCCUCGCCAUGAGCAGCAGAUAUUUCAUAGCCUUAUAAACCAGCAACAAUGUAAAUAAUGCAGAGCUGGAAUCUUGCCAGUGAAUUCUAUGAGGAUGACGAGGGGCCACUGUUUGUGCAUCAGUAUUUCAUGCCAUUUAACUGCUAGUGCUUUCUUCAUUUGGAAUCCUCUCGGCUCACUUGUUAAAUUCCAAUUAGGUUGACUUGACAGACACGUGAAUAGCAAUGCUUGUUCAUUUGCCAGAGGUGCACUUGGUCUUUAUUAUGGAGUUACUGAACAUUGGAAACAUAAAUGCAAUAAUAAAAUGAAAGUUGGUUCCCCUGGGCUGCCUUGGAAGCUGAUAGUGCCAUGUGGCCAGCACCUGUUGUUAGACCGUCUGGCUUUGUAUUUGGCGGGAUAUUGUUAGCAUAUGUUCUAUGUAUCCCUCUUUAAAUUUCUCUUAACAACAGAAGUCCUUGUUUGGAUCUCACUGUGUCCAAAAUGGCAUGACCCAGACAUAACCAAGUUUUACAUUGCCAAAGUGUUAUACCAGUGGCUUGUGUGAUAUUUCCAGGGGUCACGGUGUAGAACGGAUGCAGUGACACACAGCAGUAUCAAGCUAUGAGAUAGUUUUGCAUUUUGGGCUGGAAUUGUACUUGCCUGACCAUCUGGAUCACAGCCAUUAAUACUGGAACACAGAGUGAUUGAACUGCUCGAAUCCAAUAAACCUGGAAGGCAGUGAUACAGUAACAAGUAGUACUGAACACUACUUAAAAAAAAAAAAUAAAAUGUAAACAAUUUCAAGGCUGUCUUUCUAGCAUAGAGAUGUUUGUCCUAGAAGUCCAAGUAGUCCAGUUCCACUCUGCAGAAAUACAACUCCCAGUGCUGUUGGAGGCUGGCCAAAGUAGUUUAGGAGGAGAGCAAUGUCUAGAGAGUCACCAGUUGGCCAUCAGUCUAAAUGGGGCUAACACUUUACGUAACUUUCAAUAUGUUGCUGUUCACAGCUUACCUCUGUUGACGGUUGCCACCUGUCUGGUUUUGACCCAGAUAGCCCAGUUUUUUUUUUUCAGCCAACCAUCACUUCAUAGCACAGUCAUCAGACCCACCCCUGUGACAUCACUACCCAUCCUUCUACUCGGUAAACUAAAGGCAGCAACCAGUAGCACCUUAGCAUUUAUACAUGUUUUGGACUGACGGCCAUGGCCUCUGAAAUCUGAUUGACUCUACAAGGUAGCAAGCGCUAGGCCUUGGAGCGUUCAGAUUUACAUUUCAUCGCAUUUAAAUUUAAUCAGACGCCAUGUGCCGCAUUUUCUCUUGCUUAAUGGAUGUUCCAAAGACAAUAGAAUAAAAGGUUGUGUUUGGAACUCACAAACGCAUAUAUAUAUGCAAUAUUUGUUUCUAUUUCACAUUUGUAAACACAGUAAAAAACGCCCAUGGAUAAGAGCCCUAAAGAAAACCCAAUGUUUUCUUACCAUUUUGUAUAUAUUGAACAGAUUGAGGAACUGACACAGUUAAAUAUAUACAAAACGGUAAAAAAAAAAAAAAAAAAAAGUCUAUUCAUGAGAAAGAAAGUGACGGUUCACCUUUCACCAUUUUCCUGCCAUACCACCCAGUAUUUGCACUGCUGGUUCUGACUCAUGAAACCAACUAAUGUGUGGCCGCUUAUAGUGUAUACUUUAUAUAUAAUAAAUUUAUGUAAUAUAUAAACAACCUUGGGCAAAAAGAAAAACAGACAUUUGCGCUUUUCUGUGACCAUUUAUAGCUUGAAUAGAUGUGCAUAUAUAUUUUUUUUUUCCAGUGCAACCUUGGUAAAUAUAUUUAUGGAACUGUAUCUAUGGAAAAAUUCAACUUUAAAUAAAAUCAACCUGGUGUAAAAGCU